AUGACGAGUACUGUAUUACAGCUGAAGAUGAAGGUGAGUGUAGCAUUGGUGGCCGGGAUCCUAGUGGUGUUAUCCGCCGAGAAAAAUGCUGGUGAGAGUCUCAUGAAGAGCCCUAUGGAGCUACCACUACCAAAGAUGGCGGAGGAAGGCCAGGAGGUUCAGAGAAGAGAGGGCAGGAUCUUCGCCUUCAUUACCACCACCUCCAUAAAACGCUUGGCUACUACCACUAUCUCAGUCCCCUACACCUGCCUCUCCGUAAAAACCACCACCACGUGUACUGGACGCAAAAAGAAGUCAACGCUCUCCCAGCUACUAGACCUGAUCCAGGAUAGCCCGCCCUCUCUGGCAGCGAGCUUGGACUACGAGAAGGAAGAGAACCUCGGUGUAGCCAAGAGGGAGGUGACGGUGGACGGUGAUGGUCGAGUGGGGCGGAAACUGACCAUCUGGUCCACCUAUGCCAGUACUCUUACCGUCACCUCUACCUCCUACAUUACUGGCACCACCGUCACCAUCAGCGCCCUCUGCACUGCUCCUGGCAUCACAGCUGGCUGUUUCGGCAACUCGUGGAAAGAUUUGGAGGAAGAUUCGAGGCGGGAGUUGACAGGAAGUAAGUCGGAGGCAGAAUAUGAAGAGGAAGUUUAUCCACAGAGUGGAGGCUCGAGGCAGGUGGUAAAUAACAGAGAUGGUAAAAAAUUUACCAUCUGGUCCACCUACGUCAGUACCCUCACCCUCACCUCCACCUCCUACCUCGCCGGCACCACCGUCUCAGUCACAGCUCUCUGCAUUGCACCAGGACUCACAAACGGAUGCUUCGGGAAGUAGCGAGCAACUGUCUGAGCCUGCUGCUGCUGCUACAACUGUUGCUGCAGCUACAACUGCUACAACUGCUGCUGCUGCUGCUGCUGCUGCUGCUGCUGCUGCUGCUGCUGCUGCUGCUGCUGCUGCUGCUGCUGCUGCUGCUGCUGCUGCUGCUGCUGCUGCUGGAGGCCUGACGACAAUAAUCAUGGAACAGCAUCAUCUACUGUAUUUAUCUUAUUUAACAUAGUUAUGUAUUGUGGACUC